AUGGCAGCUAGCUUAUUCUGCUGGUUCCUUUUCUUCACAUUUGCAAAAAAUCUGCAAGGCCAGGUCUGGCAGUCCUGUUGGCCAUCCUGUGACUGUGUCACUGACAUCAAGUUCCUGAACUGCUCCUAUAGGGGGCUCACUUACGUGGCUGGGGACUUCCCCCCAGAUACCAAGCACUUGGAUUUGUCUGGGAACUUUCUAACAGCGCUCCACAAGGGGGGUUUCAGAUUGCUGUGGAACCUACAGGUCCUCCUCUUAAGUGACAACAACAUCAGCAGCAUUUCAGAAGGUGCGUUCUCUCCCCUGGAGAGUCUCUGGAAGUUGGACCUGAGCCAGAACCGGAUCUCCUACCUGAGCAAGAGCUUCUCCCUAGGCCUAGACUCUCUGAGGGAGCUUCUGCUGGGGGAGAACCAGCUGACCUUCCUGGACGAUGGGAGCUUCCUGCACCUGGACAGCUUGCGGAGGCUAGACCUGAGCGGCAAUGCCAUCCGGUCCGUCCAGACGAGGGCCUUCAUCUGCACGACCACGCUUCGCGAGCUCGACCUGCAGAACAACCGGUUGGGCUACCUCCCCAACGGCAUCUUCUCCAGCCUCCGGUCCCUGGAGGUGCUCAACCUGAGUGGGAACCGCAUCCACAGCAUAGAGGUGGGGGUCCUUACUCCCCUCAUCAGCCUGGCCUUAUUGGACCUCUCUCAAAACAACCUGCGCACCAUCCUCUUUAAGACAUUCCUCAGCCUCCGUACCCAUGGCACCCAUCUCCUCCUGGGGCGCAACCCUUGGCACUGCGACUGCGACCUGCAGAGGGUCUUCAGGAAGCUGCGCAGGGUGCGCAGGCUCUUCCUGGACGACUACCGUAACCUCAGCUGCGUGGAGCCGGCAGAGCUGCGGGGACACCUGCUGAGCCGGGCGGACGCCGAGCUGUGCGUUGCCGAGACGGUCACCGUGCUCGUCAUUACCGUCACCGUGGUGAUCACCGUGCUAGCCGCCAUCGUCAUGGCCGAGACAAGCAAGAGGAAUCCAAUGGCGAAGCAAGGCUCAGAGGAGAACACUGGGUUGGAGGACUACACUGAAAACUAA